AGCAAAAAAAAGUCAUCGUUCUCAAAUGGAUUUGGAUUGAAAUUAAAGUGAUCUGCUUUUGUUCAUAAUGAAUACAUCUGGUAAACUAUUCAUCAAUAAUCGACGAUUAUGGUCAUGGAUGCGUGCCAGUGUUUUAUCGAUUGGUGCAUUCAGUAUUGGUGUAUACUAUGAAAGAAAAUGUCAUCUUUAUGCUGAUGUUGUUGCACCUGGACCAACAACAACAACAACAACGUUAAACAUUGGUACACAUGGUGAUGAUGUUAUCGAUUCACCGAAACCAUCGUUACAUGGUUCUGGUUCAAGUAACAAUCAUAUGGCACAGAUUAGCCGUUUUGGUUUUCCAUCAAUGGAUUCAUUACGUUCAUAUAGAAAUUUUUUAUUAAGUUAUGAUCGUAGAAAUCGUAUUGCUAAUUGGGUAUUAGAAUAUGUUACAAAUGAUGAUCUAAAUGCUGAUGAUUAUAACCGUAAAGGUAUUGAAUUUCGUGAAGAUCAAUCAUUUCAUCGUUAUUUUCGUUCAACAAAUCAAGAUUAUAAAGGAUCUGGUUAUGAUCGUGGCCAUUUAGCUGCGGCUGGUAAUUAUCGUAAUAAUCCUGAACACAUUAAAGAAACCUAUGUAUUAUCCAAUAUUGCACCGCAAAUUGGUCGUGGUUUUAAUCGUGAUAAAUGGAAUGAUCUAGAAAAAUAUUGUCGUCGUAAAAUACGUGAAUUAAAAUCAUCAUCAGGUUUAUGGAUCUGUACUGGUCCAUUAUAUUUGCCACAAAAAGAUGCCGUAUCUGGUAAAAAAUUCAUCCAUUAUGAAGUGAUUGGUCAUAAUCAUGUUUCAGUACCGACACAUUUUUUCAAAGUUCUACUAUAUCCUGGCCAUAAUGGUCAAUGGUUUAUGGAAUGUUUUCUAAUGCCUAAUCAGAUAAUCAAUGAUAAAACAUCCAUACAUUCAUAUCGUGUUGAUCCAGAAAUAAUUGAACGAUCAGCUGGUAUUUUAUUAUUCAAUCAAAUUCCUCGCCAUCAAUUACUUAUUAAUCCAUAGAUCUCAUCAUAUCAUCAAUUUUAGGAUUUUAUAUUUUCAUAUAAUUGCAUGGUAAUAUCAUCAUCAUAAUAAUAAAAUUCCGACAAUUUUUUUUUUUGCACCAUAACUUGAUAUAAUUGUGAAUUGUAUGAAUCAAUCAUAUGAAAUAUUUAUAAACAACUUGUAACGUAUGAAAACACAUCUCACAUGACAUGCAUAGAGACAUGCGUCGUAUUUUUGUCAUGAAAUUUUACCAUUCUCUUUUUUUUUUGUUAUUGUUGUUGUUGUCAAUGACAAGUAAAAAAAAAAAAAAAAUAACAGAAGGCAAACUAAAAACAAAAAAAAAAAAUAAUGAUGAAAAUAGAAACAAAGACAAAUACAAAGACGAAUGCAAAAGGCAAUUUGUGAUUCCUAAAUGAUAAUUCUAAUGAUGAUGAUGAUGAUGAUGAUGAAAAUCAUUCG